CAAUCAUAAUAUUGGAACACUACAAAGGGACUUGAUUAUUGUGGGUGUUGACGUGUGCUGAGUGGGUUAGACUGGGAGCAGCUGGUAGAAGUACGGGAGUAUUUAAACAUUGUCACGCUGGCGUUACAGUCAUCACAGCCACAGGUAAAGAAUCGCCAUGGAAACCGUUAUUGUGACGCUCACAGUGCUCCUGUUUAUCACAGGGAUCAGCGGGGAUUGCACCGUGUCAACAGCAAUAAAUAUAUCAGGAACUGGGGGAAGUUGCAGCCUGAGCCAGCAAACAAUCACGAACAAUGCUGAGGUGACAAGCUGCAGCGUCACCUGUAAAUGCAAAGGCCAAAGCUUGGAAUGUUGCCUCGGAAGCGCCUGCACGCCUGUUGAUGCCUCGUGUACAAGUAUUCAAGUCAACAAUGGGGCCAUCUCCUGUGUACUCAACCGUAAACGUCGGGACGUCCUGAGUCAAGUCCUUAAACGUGUGAAGCGUUCCGAGGAAACGACGACAACGGAGGACAGGAUAGUAGUAGACUUCACGACGUCCCCUCCAACUACAACAACCACGGCGGCAGCCCCGCCUGUUCGUACAUAACCAGCAACAUUGCUGUCUUCACAUCAACAAACUUAUUAUAUUCUUGUAGGUAAAUAAUACUGCUAACACACAGAAUACUUCGAAACCUGUAUAGAGCAGAAUUCAAUGUAUGAAGUGUUCAUCACACAUAAUAUACAGUGAAACCGGGUUACUCCGAAAACCACACUUUCUGAAACCUCUGAAACUUUGACAGUUGUGUAAAGGGGAACAACUAUAAACCUAAGACUCGUUGAUUUGUAGUGGGAGAUGAUUUAACUGAUAACUUCAACGUGCACAAUAACGGGGUUUCUCUGUACAUUAGCAUCCGACAUCGAGCUUAAAACGUCUAGACGCCAUUUGUACGCCUAAGGUAAUAUAGGGUUCACUAACAAGGCAUACACGAGAUUCCAACCAUGACCUGUUGGAGUAUGUUUACAUUAAUGUUCAUAUUCAGGUGUUUGUAACAUGUUCUAAAUAAUAAUAAUAUUGUUUUAUCAUUUGAUUUAUAUCAUUUGAUAAUGUUAACGUUGUGUUACUUAGGUAAAGAAAUUAGGCAACACCAUAGUGAGUGAGUUAAGAUUUAACGUCACAUCGGCAGUAUUUCAGCCAUAUCGUGACCAACACCAUAGGAAACAUCAAUAUCUCUACGAUCCACGCCGUGCAGGACAUGUUUACCUUUCGCGAACACCUGGUGUCAUCACUCGUUGUCAGUGAUCAAUUCAUAUAAUUGUCACCACUAUUUGUACUUUUACGCCCAAGGGAAUCUGUUCCGGCAGAUACUUGAUUUUUCCCUGGCGUUGGCGCUUCUUAUUUAUGUACAAGACGCCAUUGAUUAAGUUCUAACGUUGAACAUAACGAAACAUAAACUUUUUCUUCUUAUAAAAUAUUAAUAAUAAUACAAUAUUAAACCAACAUAUACUUUUAGCAGCAACGGAUCAGUUGAUACUCGAUAUUGUACUGUAGUCGCAAUAAAAAUACCAUGGAUCAUGAAA